UAUGCCAUCUUGCGUUUGCGUGACUCAUACUUUGUAUGGUAGUAAAAAUCAAUAACAUAACCUUAAUUCGUGGUCGACACAUUUAAUCAUCACGUGCAAUUACAAAGGUAACAAAUACUAAAAUUCCUUUUUGCGUGUGUCGAUUGAAAAGUUUAUUGUAAUAUUAAAAACAUUAAUUCUAUUCUCGCGAAGAAAUAUAAUCUGUGAAACCAUUCUUGACGCGAGGUUAUAUAUAUGAAGUUUAAUCGUUUAGUGUACUGUUAAAACAUCAAAAUAUUGCAUGAAAAAUGAACUAUUUGGAACAAGAAGACGGCCCCAAAGUAACGGGGACAGUGGACAAUGCCUGGUCGUUAAAAAUCCCAUCUUUUAAGCCCCAGGAUAAUCCACAUCGUUUACUCGAAGAAAGUUCGUUCGGAACUUUGUUUCCAAAAUAUAGAGAACGAUAUUUAAAGGAACAUUGGCCAUUAAUUCAAAAAUCGUUGGAUGAACAUGCAAUCAAGGCCGAAUUGGACCUCAUCGAAGGUAGUAUGUGUGUGAAGACCACCAGAAAAACUUGGGAUCCGUAUAUCAUAAUUAAAGCUCGUGACAUGCUCAAACUCAUGUCCAGAUCUGUUCCUUUUGAGCAAGCAAGGAGAGUACUUCAAGACGAUAUUGGCUCAGAUAUCAUAAAGAUAUCAUCUUUUGUAAGAAACAGAGAAAAGUUUGUCAAGAGACGACAGAGGCUCAUAGGACCAAAAGGAUGUACCUUGAAAUCCAUCGAAUUGUUAACAAAUUGUUAUGUCAUUGUACAAGGACAGACAGUGGCUGCAUUGGGUCCUUACAAAGGUCUUGUUCAAGUGAGGCGCAUUGUGGAAGAUACUAUGAAAAAUAUUCAUCCUAUUUACAACAUUAAAGCAUUGAUGAUUAAGAGAGAGUUGGCAAGAGAUCCAAAACUAAAAAAUGAAAAUUGGGAAAGAUUUUUGCCUAAAUUCAACAGCAAGAAUAUUAGCAAGAGGAAGCAACCUAGGAAUAGGAGACAACAGAAACCGUAUACUCCGUUCCCACCCCCACAACAGGAGAGCAAGAUAGACAAGAUGAUAGCUUCCGGAGAAUAUUUCUUGAAGGAGGAGCAAAGGAUAGCCAAGAGAAAGAGAGAACAGGAUAUCAGGCACCAGGAGGCUGAGAAGAAGAGACAAGAGCGCAGAGCAGAAGCAUUUGUACCUCCCGAAGAGCAACCGAAAGAAAAGAAAGAACAGAAUAAUGAGAUAAACUUGGAUGAGUUUAAAGACAAAGUUAAAAAGGCCCUGAAAAAACGUGGUGGCCAGUCAUAGUACUUGCUUAUAAAUUAAAAGAUUCAGUUUUAGUAAGUAAACUUGCUGAAUUAUUUGUACAUGAUUUUUUAAAUAAAAUGUAUGUUCAUUAAUAAAUUUGAAUUUAAGAAAUACUCGUGUAACU